AUGUUAUAAUAUACUAUAUCUAGGUCAAAUAACAGUCAUAAUUUCAAUAAUUAUUAAUUUCUUUUGGAUAAUCCACAAUAAAAAUACUGUAAACUUCCUAUAAUAAGACCCCCCACCACAUCGCCUAAUUUAGAAAAAAGGGGGUCUUUAUCUUUCCAAAAAAAUAUGGGGUCUUAUAGUAGGGGAGGAUCUUAAUAUAGAGAGUAGUAUACAGUAUAUAUGCUUAUUUCAGCUUUAUCAAGAUUUCAAAGCUGA